GUAAAACUCCACCAAAUUUUUAUAUUUUACUACAAUUCUUGAAGCAAUGGAAUUGCCAAAUACUCCUAAACAAGAUGCUGUGCUCAAGGAACUUGAUACAGAAGAGCGGGCAUCAUACAAGUACCAUGUAGAGCACAGGCGCAAUGAUGAGACUAUGUGUCACGGUAUCCUCUCCAGAUCCCCUGACAAUAUCCGGAUCCGCUCCGUACUGUCCCUGACCGUACGCACCAAAUCCCCAGCGUCCUUACACACCUCCGAAGCGGACGUACAACCUCUGGUCACCUCUGGAGCGGGCCUGCAACCUCCAAAGCGGGAGUAUUAGGAUUCUGCAAGCCCUGCUCCGGGACUUGCAACCCCAAUACCUAUCCAACUCAGUUCCGAUUAUUAACCGGUAACCGAACAAACCCACACGUAAGUAUAUAGACUAUUGCUGGUAGAGUUCUAUUUGGUACACAACGUCUUGUACCUACUUAGAUACCGU